CGCACGUGUCAUCAAUUAUGUGAAGUAUUUACAGUUAGUAUUCUUUUUUGAAUUAUACAUUAGUCAAGUUUGCUUUCAUUUCCACCAACUGCAAUCGGUUGUGAACAGCUGUAAUAAGUGAAUAUAUCUAUACAUGUAUUCAAUUCGUACAUUGUUGUACAUACUACCACAGGUUUAUAUCCCUAUAUACAUAUUAUAUACGGUAGUUAAUAUAUAGUCUAGUGAAUAUGGCCGCAAACAAUGGUAAUAGUUAUUGAGUCAAGUUUGCGUUUACUCCAGUACUUGUCAACAAAGAAAUUAUUACUAAAUCAAAUAGAAUUUAGAUAAUGUAAGGAAUCAACGGUACGUUAUUGAAAUUUUGAUGAAAAAUAUUACUAUGAAGUUAUUUAGGCUAAUUUUUAGUAUUUCUCAAUUGUUUUCUGCUGUACUAGGACAUUGACAAAUCACAGGAACAGUAAACUAUAUUUUAGAUAUAUUGUAACGUGAUCAAAUUGUUUACAAUAAUUUCCCAUGCUGGAAAGUAAGUUUCAAACACAUAAUAUUAUGGCAACUGCUAUUCAAAAGAAUGGCAUAAAACGUCUCACAAAUGGAAAUAUAAAUCAUGUUGAAAGUGUUGAAAAAUUAGACGAUACUGGAAAGUGUAAUGCAAAUGAAGACAAAAUUUAUAAACCUCCUGCUUCUGAACCUGUUGAGGAUGUGGAAGCUCAACCAGAAAUUGACAUUCUCAUAAGAAAUGUCGUGUGUAGUUUUAGUGUAAGAUGCCAUCUAAAUUUACGAGAAAUUGCACUUAAUGGCUCCAAUGUUGAGUACCGAAAAGAAAAUGGGAUGAUUACCAUGAAGCUUAGGAGGCCACUCACUACUGCCUCUAUAUGGUCUUCAGGAAAAGUAACAUGUACUGGAGCUGAGACUGAAGAGGAAGCUAAAAUAGCAGCACGCAGAAUUGCACGAUCGCUCCAAAAACUCGGAUUUAAAGUUCGGUUCAAUAAUUUCCGAGUUGUUAAUGUCCUUGGCACUUGUUUAAUGCCUUGGGCAAUCAGAAUCACAUCUUUUUCUAUGCACCAUAAAGAGAAUGCAGACUAUGAGCCAGAAUUACAUCCUGGCGUAACUUAUAAGCUUAAAGAACCACGAGCCACAUUAAAAAUCUUCUCGACAGGCAGUGUUACUAUUACAGCACCUAGUGUAGCCGCAGUAGGAGAAGCUAUCGAACAAAUAUUUCCACUAGUCUAUGAAUUUCGUAAAAAACGUUCACCAGAAGAUGAAAUGGCAUUAAGUGCCAAGAAACGUAAAAGUAUAAAACGAUUUAGAAAAAAUGAGGAUGAAGUAGAUAUGGAAGCAGAAGAGAUGAUAACAGAUGAAGAAGAGCACGAAGAAAUGUGUGACAGCGAUGCUAGUGAAGGAAAACACUGCUAAUCAUGUCAAAUUAUCUACGAACUUAUGUUUAAAGUAAUUUUUAUUGAUUAUUACUCUCUUUUUUUUAUACAGCAGCAUAUAUACUGCUGGACAGUGUCUAUAGAAUGACAUAAGUAAUGUGUUCUUAAAAUCAGUAAAGUGAGGCAUAAUUAAAUGCUGCAAUAAUGUUUUUAAAAUUUUUCCGUUGAAUAUGUCGCACGUAUGAGUCGUGACAGUGCGAGUGUUUGGUGCAGAAAAAAAGUUCAUAGAGAAAGAGAAAGCAUAUAACUAAUAAUCAAAAAUUGUUUUUAUGAACAAAAUAACGUAACAUUGCCUACAAAGCCCAAACAAACAUAUUUUAAUCAUUAAUUAUCUAUACAAAAUAUUUUGCAGUAUACACAUAGCGCUUAAUUGUGCCGCUUUUAAUCACAAAACGUGUGUCUAUCAGUUUUCUAUUCUGUUCAUUUAUUCUUUUUGCUUUCACUUACUACACUGUGCCAAAGAUGGAUAUUGAAAAUUUUCAGUAAAGCCAUUUGAAAAGCAAACUUGUAUAUUACUAUAAAAAGGUUUACAGAUUUUUAAUAAGUUACUAAACACAGUUUUUAAUUUAAUUGUUUUUUUUCAAUCAUCCAUUAAUCAAAACACUUGAAUGGUAAAUUGUAGAAACAAUACUGUUGCUCAAGUUAAUCUAAAAACCAUGAAAAACAAUUAAUAAUAAAUCUUUGUUUAAUUAUAUACUAAGUUUGCUAUUUUAGUUGCUUUACUUUGGCGAUAAUAUUUAGUCUAAUUGUUAAAGAGUGGUUUGUUUCUACUCUAGCAUUUGUAACAAUAUGUAGAUUAAGCAUUCAUUUAAAAUUUAGUUUUAAACGUAAUUAGAUAAAUUAUCAUCUUUUGUUAAAAUUAAACAUAAAAGUAAAUAUUGAUCUAAACAAAUGACAAAAUGAAUAAAUUUAUAUUCAUCGAUCUCACAUGAUAAGUUGGGAAUUGAAAUAGUUUCAAAGAUAUAGAACACACAAUCUAUUGCACAACCAUCAUCACAAGGAAAACAACUUCAACAAGGAUUGAGAAUAUAUAUGACAUAUGUCCAUACGACAAAUAUGUGCUUCAUAUUAUUAAUAUUAUCAUUAUUAUCAUUAUUAUUAUUAUUAUUAUAUUAUUAUUACGUUAUUUAAUGUCACUAUUUGGAGUUAAGUAUUUUGAGUCUCAAUUCUUUUAUUUAUUCAUCAACUAUUUGUUCUUUUACUAACUAUUAAUAAAUAAGUUAUUUUUAUUAUUCUUCUACAAAUAAUUUGUUUUGUUACUGACAAAUGACUGGCAUUAUUAAUAAAAAUAAACGUAAAUAAUGUAUGCCGACAUUCAUGAUAUGUAUAUCCACUAAUGCGAUUAGUUAUGAAUUAAUUGUACACUAAAAAAUUCACAGUUUGUCUUAAAACACCACACUUUUAUUAUUAUUGAAUUAGCUGCGGACCAGGCUUUCAAAUUAUAUGAUCAAUGAAAGUACGAUGUCAUAAUUAAACAUCUAACUAAAUUACUUUCUCUUUCUCUUUUAUCUCUUAAUUAAUGAGCUGCAUGUGCACUUUAAGCAGAAAGAAACAAAUUGUUCAUUAUUUUCUUUUUACUCUUUCUAAUACUCUAGUUAUAAAAUAGGCUCAUAGAAAUUAAUAAAUUUAUAUAAAAUAACUGAGAAAUCCAUGAAAUUUAAUUAUAUUUAUUGUCAAUUAUUUCAUAAGAAUCUAUGAUUUCUAUAAGUUUUUUUUUUUUAAAUAGAGUAUGUAAAUGUGACAUAUUGAUUCAAAUUACAUUGUUGCAGCUCAUUUAAACUGUCGCUUGUAAUUAGGUACAUUAACAAAAAUAAUGAACAGUUUUUCAAAAACAAAGUAACAAGAACCUAUUAUAAUCGUGUUUAAAAAAUACGAAAAAACUGAAUAAAAUUCGUAAUUACUAAAUACUCACAAAUACGCUAAGACUGUGUGUGAGUUUAUACUGCAAUAAAUUUAUAAAUCAUUUUCAUUUUUAUAAACUUUAUUCGUACAAUAUAACGAAUAACUAUAGUUUGAUUUAUUUUGCACAAUUAUCAUCGUCAUUUAUUGAUAGACAUCUGUACUUUCGAAAACUAAUAUUUACACCGUAGAUGCAUUUUAAUUUACAUAAAUUAAAAUAAUGCAUGGUGAUAAAUCAAAGUAGAUAGUUACGAUAUUCGUACGAUCUUAUAAUACAAUAUCAAGUACGUACAUUAUUACGUUAUCACAAGUACAAUAGUUUCAAUUAUUGUAAUGUGGUUGUAAGAAAAAAAAAAUAACUCAACAUAAGCAAUUUCACUACAUCAUUAAACGUUGGUGGUGCAUCUAUGUAAUUUUAAGUAAAAUAGAAAAACAUUUAGAUAUUUAGAUAAACGUACACAAAUAAACUUAGAUGUACUGUCUGGUCGAUAUUUAAAUAAAAAUCAUUUACAUGAAUCAUUAAUACAUGAUUUGCUUGUUAUGUGAGUAUUGAAGUAAUAAUUAUCGGCCAGUUAUAGUAAUAUCUUGCUAAUACACGUGUAUACAAGACUGCUGUGAAAUGUACAUGAAAAAAUAUGCAUGUAAAUUGGAGGAAAUAAAAGUUGAACUCUGACGA